GCGGCCCUGCGCCGCGGCGGCUGCGGCUGCGGCAGCGGCACCGCCCCGGCCCGGCCCGGCCCCCGGGGGCUCCCCAUCGCCGCCGCUCCCCACCGGCGCCGCAGCCCGCGGGCUCGGGGGGGGCUGGGGGCUGGCGCGGGCCCCUGGCGGGGGCGCCGCGGGUCCCACCGGGGAGACCCAGGGGAUUGUCCGUCCCCGCCCCCCCCCGGCACCCCUCGGGCCCCGCAGCGCCCCACGGGACACUGGGACACCCCUCGGGGAAACGGGGGCACAGAGCCGCCCCCACCCCCUGCGACGCGCCACGGGGCGGGGGGAACCACCACCAUUUAUUUUUAAUUAUUUAUUGUCCCCUCUCUGACUAACGCGAGGCCGCGCCCCCCCCCCCCCCGGCGGCUGCGCGCACACACAAGAUGGCGGCGCCCAGCGCGGCGGGGCUGGGCUGGCGGCUGCGGGCCUGGCUGCCCCGGCUGACACAAGUGAGAUGGAGUCGCUACAACCCCCAAUUUCUAGAGCCAGAAGUGAACAAGGAAUUGUUUCAGAAAUCCUCGGAUGAGCUGUCCGAGGAGGAAAAGGCAAAACAGGAGCUUAAGGCUGUUCGACCCAUAAAAGCUGCUCCUUCCAGUGUCUGCAGCUCUGUGUUCAGCGACCCUAUGAUAAGUAAAUUCACCAACAUGAUGAUGAAGGAUGGAAAUAAAGUGCUGGCCAGAAGCCUUAUGGCACAGACCCUAGAGGCCAUUAAGAGGAAGCAGUUGGAGAAAUACCACCAAGCUCCAGAAGACGAGAAGGAGAAGAUUGAAUGCAACCCUUAUGUAAUUUUCCAUGAGGCUCUGAAAAACUGUCAGCCCAUUAUUGGGCUCUGCAGCAUCACAAAAGGAGGCAAAACCUACCAGGUCCCAGUCCCACUGAAAGACAACCGGAAGCGCUUCCUGGCCAUGAAGUGGUUAAUCACUGAGUGCAGGGAGAACAAGCACCGCCGCACGCUGAUGCCCGAAAAGCUCUCCCAGGAGCUGCUCCAGGCCUUCAACAACGAAGGGCCCAUCAUCAAGAAGAAGCACGUGCUGCACAAGAUGGCAGAGGCCAACCGGGCCUACGCCCACUUCCGCUGGUGGUAGGGACUCUGUGCAUGGGACGUGUGCGCUCCAGCACACUGCCACCGUCCCACGGCCUGGAGAGCAGAGCCCCAGGGCUGCUUGCACAAAGAGGGGAAGGUGGAAGCUCCCCUCUGGACUGCUUCUGGGCUAAGCCAGGAAAAACCCAUCUGAUAACACAGGUUCAUUUCUUUCAUGCUUGUUUGGAUGGGGGAAGGGGGAGUCUGAAAUAACUACCAACCCCUGCACGGAUGCUCUAGUUAUUUCAUAAUCAUCUCCCUGUGAAGACAAGCCUUAGAUGUUUUUUUUUCUUUUUUUCAGAGCAACACUGUAUAAAAUAAUCUUGCCAUUCCACUUACCUGUUUCCUGAGGACUUUAAAGUCACUCUGCUCCUGUGAUCAGCAGUGUUUUUCCCUUUUUGGCUGCACAGCCAGGGAAGAGCAGAGCUGGAGUUUUUUCCCCACACAAUAACCAGUCUUAGUAUGAUUGGUUUAAAAAAAAAAAAAAAAAGGGCAAUAAAAGCCCCUUUUUGACUUUUAGUUCUGGUCAUCAGCAACAUUGCUUGCAGGGAGUUGAUGGGGAUGUUAAUGGAAAAAAUAAAAUCAGAGCUUCAUGGGAAAGGUGUCUUGAUUCUAAACCUUUGUCUCUGUUGCUUGAAUCUCACACUGCUCUCUCCAGCCACCCGAUUUGCCUAAAUCCACUCUGCUACCCUACACCAGAGGGAAAAAUGAACACUGCAGCCUUAAGGCUUCAGGCAGGAGCAGCUUUUGAGUAUUGUUCAGAGCAAUCCUUGCUAUAGCUCAGCAGCUGCAUAGAGAGAACACAGGGCACACGUUAGCAGAAGACUUUUAUUAGAAAAAAACUUCAAUAAACUAUUUUGUUUCUUUUCUUUCUC